CUCAUCUCAUUCACCCCCAUCACUUUCAAACACCACAUUCCAAUAUGGCUCGUACGAACAGAGAAAUCUUGACCGGUGGUAAGAAGUAUGCCACCAAACAGGCCAAGAAACAUCGUGUUGAUGAAGUUGUGUUCGACAAAGAUGCCCGUGUGGAGUACUUGACUGGGUUCCACAAAAGAAAAAUCGAAAGACAAAAGAAGGCCCAGGUUUAUCUCAAGGAACAGGACCGGUUGGCUCGUAUUGAAGAGCGUAAGAAGUUGAAGGAGGAACGUAAGAACGAUCUUGAGAAGCAAUUGAAGCGUUUCAACGAAACCGUCAAGGAAAUCACCGCCUUUGACAAGAGCGACGAUGAAGAAGACGCUGAAGACUGGAAGGGAGUCAGUGGGGAUGAAAGUGGUAGCGACGACGAAAAUGUGGACGGGAAGAAGAUCAAUAGAAAGGGAAUCCUUCAACACCAAGAAGUGUACAAGUUGGAAGAUUCGCUGGUUUUGGCCGACAGUCCGGUGAUAAUAGAUGACGAAACCACCGUGACGGUGGAGUCAAUGGACAACCCUGCUGUGUUGAGUGCACAGGACAACCUCGUGGCAUUGGCCAAGGCCAACAAUGUGGACUUGGACAAGUCCGAAAAGAUCUUGGACGACCUGAUCAAACGGGCCAAGAACUACGCAGUUGUCUGUGGCGUGACAAAGCCAAAGGACCAAACCAAGCAAAAGAAGAAGAAGUUCAGAUACUUGACCAAGGCCGAAAGAAGACUGAACACCAGAAAGGAGAAGGAAAAGAGUGGCUUCUCCAGAGCCAAGAAGGAAAAGGGCGGGUCCUCCACCAGAGGCGGGUCCGGUAAGGGCUCCAGCAGGGGUUCCAAAUAGAUAAUGUAGGGAAUAAACGGG